AUGAAACUAUACUUUGAAGCGGAGCAAUUUUUGAGUCCUUAUAAAGGAAAGGGUAUAGGUGGAAGCUUGCAGUCUCGUAUUUUUAAUGAGGCGAAGUUAGUGAACUCUCCAAAACACAUUUAUGCAUUGGUUUAUUCUACUUUAAAGUAUAAAGAACACAUACAAGCGAUUAUUCGGAAGUCUAAAAUAAAACAGACACUCCAAACCAAGAAAUUGAAAAUCAGUGAUAACUUGUUGUUGCUUGUUGUGCAUGACUUGUUGUUUAAUUCUAAAGGUAGGAUUCAACUGGGGAAACAUCCUAUUAAAGAUGCUAUCUUGCAGCAUAAGACUAGAUUACAGGCAGAGUUUACUAAACUUAAAUUGAAAUAUAAGGCGAAGUCUGCGGAGGAUUUACCGACUUCUGUAUCUAGUGACGAUGAGACACCUAUUAGAUGGUUCCGUGUGAACACCAUUAAGACGACACCAGAGAAGUUUUUCCAGGACCAUCCAUUUUUUGCUAAGCUAGAGCCGAUUAGUUCGAUUGAGAUUAAGGAAACGGGGUUUAUAUAUACGGACGACUAUAUUCCUAAUUUGUACGGUAUCCAUCCUAAGGAGAAGUUGACGUCCACUGCAGCGUACCUUAAGGGUGAAGUGAUCAUUCAAGACAGAGCCUCUUGUUUCCCUGCGCAUAUUCUUAACGAUGACCCUUCAGAUAACCAUAUCGAAAUCAUCGAUUCAUGUGCUGCGCCGGGGAACAAAACUACUCAUUGUGCAUCAUAUUUACCCAGAUCAGAAGACUCUGUGGUGUAUGCAUUUGAACGGGAUUCAAACCGUGUGAAGGUGCUAAAGACUAUGUGCGAAAAAGCCACUGGAAUCAAAUAUAAGAACUUGAUUCAGAUAACGCAUGCUGAUUUCACGUCCACAAAGCCGCAAGACUUUCCUUGCGUUACAGGCCUUGUAGUAGAUCCAUCAUGUAGUGGAUCGGGGAUUUUUGGACGUGCUAUAGAAGAUGCACAACUGCAAGAACAAGAAAAGGAAGAGAUCGAUACCGAAAGACUUAAUAGGUUGGCAGGGUUCCAAUUCAAAAUCAUGAAACACGCCUUGCUGUUUCCAAAAGCCAGAAAGGUUGUUUAUUCCACCUGUUCAAUUCACCCACAUGAAAACGAAAGGGUUGUUGUUGACUUAUUGAUGGAUAAGGAAAUAAAAGCAUCUGGGUGGCAGUUAGCUUCUAGAGACAUUGUUAUUUCAGAAUGGCCCAAAAGAGGUUGGAAAGAAGAAUUCACCGCUGUAUGUGGGGGGAACGAGGAAGAAUGCGAAGCUUUAGCGGGCGGUUGUGUUAGAGCAACACCAAAGGAAGAUGGAGGAAUAGGAUUCUUCGCGGCAUGCUUUAUUAAAAAAGAUAUAUCCGACGAAGAUUCCGAGAGACAGAAAGUAAAUAAAGAAGAGAAUGACAUAGAUGAAGAAACCGAAGAACAGGGCGAAGAAUGGUCGGGAUUUGAUUAA